AUGGCUGGUUUGUACCAUCUUGCGAGGCUGAACGAGACUUGGUUUAGGUUGGAUGAGCCGCUGGUUAGUGCAUUCGUGGAGCGAUGGCGUCCAGAGAAGCACACAUUUCAUAUGCCGUUUGGGGAGUGCACGAUUACACUGCAGGAUGUGGCAUACCAGUUAGGGUUGUCGAUCGAUGGACAUUAUGAGACAUUUGGAGAGCUUCUUAAUGGUGCUGAUGAGGCGACCAUUAGGAGGUAUGCCCGAACCUAUAUCAUGAUGCUGUUGGGAACUCAGCUAUUUGGCGACAAGUCCGAUACUCGCAUUCACAUUAGGUGGCUGGCAUACGUAGCCAGGCUUGAGUACAAGGGUGGGUACAGUUGGGGAUCAGCUUCUCUCUCAUGGUUAUACUGGUGCAUGUGCCGCGUGGUGAACAGACACAUGGUAAUCAGGUCACAACCCUACAGCGAGCGAGAAGGGACCUUGAGUGGCGAGUUAGAGGCUCAAGAUAGAUCUCUUACAGGCUGA